AGCUCUUCCAGCGUGCUGCUGCGCGUGCCAUUCAAGUGCACACCACUUCUCAAAAACGUUUACAUCAUGGCGCUCAUUGCUGACAUCGCUAACAACGCUGGAUUGCCAAAGCUUGGAGAUGUUCGUCACCACUUUGAGAUCCGUGUUCCCGUGGGUGUUGGGGUAGUGGACCCUGUGGUAGUGGUAGUGGUGGUAGUAUAAUGCAGCAACGGGGCACUGGUCUCCGAGCUGAACGAGAUGGCACUAGCUUCAUCGGUGACAAUGACGAGUAUCAGCUUCCAAGAAGAGGUAAAGAGGCUGAAUUCCAAGCGCUCUCGAAGUGUGCGGGAACAGCUUCCCACAUUGCUUCGUCGCUUGCAUCCGGAGCAGCGACGAGCUGUGAUUGCACGCUUAUCGCAGGGCCAGCGGAUGCAGCUGGAGCGCUGGGUGCUUGCGCAGCAAAUCCAAAAGCAGUCAGAUGCCAAGGCGAGGUAUGCCAAGGCCAAGAUUGAGCCGAUUUGGGGCACAAAGCGCGGGAGUGCCUUGAGAAAGCGAUGCGGCAAUGUGGAGGAUUCCACAGGGCAUGGAAUUUACCAUCGCCGCAUCGCAGGCCGCUCCACCUACGAAGCCACUGCUUCAGCUGGGCCGUUUUCAUUGAGCACACGUUGGACAUCAAAUUUCAACCUGGCAAUGCAGCACAAGCAGAUUCUUCAGUCCAUCCGAGAUCGCAUGGAAAGGUCCAAGGCUGAGAUUCAGGUGAGCUUCAAGGAAGCGAUUGCUGCGGAGCUCCAAAAUCACGGCCACACCGCGAAGGAGUUGAACCUCACCUUUGUGACCCGCGUUGGUGCGCGCUAUUGGGUGGGUCGCAGUUUGGAGACGCCACGCUUCUUGGCCGAAGGCCUUAGCUUGGAGCGAGGGCUCCGCGCCUGGGAACGCUUGCGAAAGGCUCGGUGCACCGUCUUCGAGGGGGCGUGCAACGAGCUAUCCCUGCUCAGUCAACAUAGUCCAGGAGAAUUGGCGGAGGCUUGGACACAGCUUCGAUCCGUGUACCUGGACAUUUGGGAAGAGUCAGGCCACCUGAGAAGCCGCGUGCUCCGGCGCCUGGAACGGCUGGAGCGCCGCCAGGAGCCGCGGCGCAUGCUGGCAGAACAGCGCUGGCGCGCGGCUUGCCGCUCUCACAGGAAGACCGGCAAAGCACUUCCAGGUCCCUCAAUGGUCCGGUCGUGCCCACUGCGAUCUGGUGCUUGCUGUUCAGGUGGCGAGGAGGGCCUACGCCAUUCACAUUCAGGUAUCCGAACCCAGGAAAUUCUCCUGCGUCACUGCGAACGUUUGUUGGCGCGUUGGGCCAACAGUUUGAGAGCGAGAAGUGGAGCUUUGGCUAAGAAACCCAUGGAAGACACAGGUGUUUUUGGCACGGGUGUUAUUCAGAACAGUUCAAGUCGUAGCUCCGCCUUGCACAGUAGAGCUGUGUGACACGGUGUCAGAUUCCUUCGCACUUUCAACACGUGGUCGACGGCGCCAAGAUAAAGACUUGGCACCGUUUAGGCGACGUGCGAUGUACAGGCCAAUAGGCCAACAUGGGUCCAUAUUUAGGGCCUAUCAGGACAGCCAGGGCCGGCUGUUGACAUUGCCACAAAUUCAAAAGGCAGAGGUAUGAAAAGCGUGUGCGACUGCAGCGUGGCCGCAUGAAGCGCAAGGUCAGAAACAACUCAAAUAAACUCGAGAAAGGACAGAAAGGAAAAGAAGACAAAGACAGCCUUG